AUGAGCCCUGAUGUGGAAGCCCAAACUGAAACUAGCUAUCAUAAAUAUAGCUAUCAGCAGGGAAAUUCACUAUAUCCAUCCUUGAGACCACUUACGUUCGGUACAAUGGUGCAGCCGGAAACUUCGACGCUUUCAGGUGAACAGAUUGUAAAGAUGUGUGAGCAGCUUGAGGAUGCUGGAAAUAUCGAACGACUUGCUACUUUUUUAUGGACUAUUACACAUCAGCCACAUGGUGAAGAUGUAACAAAUGUAAUUAGAACUCAUGAAUCUCUACUUCGAGCUCGAGCUCUGGUAUGUUUUCACAUGGGAAACUUUCAAGAGAUGUAUCGAAUUUUAGAAUCGCAUAAAUUUACAAACGGAUCGCAUAGUAAACUGCAAGCAAUGUGGCAAGAAGCUCAUUAUCAAGAAGCCGAAAAAUUACGUGGAAGGCCACUGGGACCAGUUGAUAAAUACCGAGUGAGAAAAAAGUAUCCAAUGCCCCGGACGAUUUGGGAUGGUGAACAGAAAACUCACUGUUUCAAAGAAAGAACCAGGUCAUUGUUGCGAGAAUGGUAUUUGCAAGAUCCAUACCCAAAUCCAAGCAAGAAGAAGGAAUUGGCAUCUAAAACGGGUUUGACUGCCAUGCAAGUUGGAAACUGGUUCAAAAAUCGACGUCAGCGUGAUCGUGCUGCAGCUGCUAAAAACAAGUUGGUUCAUGAAUUUUUUAAAUUUAUGUUCUUUUAA